AUGGCGUCUUUUGAAGGGUUGAUUUAUGGAAUAGUUCAAGCUCAAGCACUCCUUUUGGUGAUUGGAUUGGCUGCUUCAUUUCUCCUUGUUGUGUACCGCCUAACACUCCAUCCGCUCGCAGGAGUCCCUGGGUCUAUCCUUGCCGCUGCUACAGGAGCAUAUGAGGCUUAUUUCCAGCUGUUCAAAGAAGGUGGGGAGAUCUCUUUCUGGCAACGCACUUUGCUUAUCGGCUAUGCAGGCCCGAUCGUGCGAAUCAACCCAUGGGAAGUUCAAAUUAAGGACCCCAACUGGAACGACAUUUAUAAAUUGUCAUCGAAGGCUUCAAAGCCCAGGUGGUACUAUAGAAGUUUUGGCAAUACUAUUAGCACCACCACUACAGAGUCCGAUGAACUACAUCGCAUUCACCGUCAGGCGCUGACAAGUUGCUUCUCCACCCAAAAUAUCAGUAAAAGCGAACACACCAUUCAGGCCACAAUCGAUAAGCUUCAUGACCGUCUUCUCGCUUCCGUUGGCAAAUUUAUAAGCUUGGACAAUGUUUAUCGAUCUCUCGCGGUCGAUAUGGCGACUGGUUUCGCUUUCCAGAAGGCUUUCGGCAACUUGGACGACGCCAAGUUCAGCGAGGAUUUCAACAGGGCUCUCCGGAACUAUGGCCGUACCGGUCUAUUCAGUAGAUACUGUUUUGGCCUUCCAUUCCAGAUUUUGCAGUCGCUACCGGUAUUUAUUUCGAAGAAACUCAAUCCUGCAGUUGCAACUUUCAUGGCGGCACACGACAUGGUGCAAAGUAUGAUCAAGUCGGACCUCUCGUCAGAGCAGAAGAGCUUUCCUCGCAUUUUGGCAAAAUGUCGGAGUAUAAUCUUUGCUGGACAGGAAACGACUGCCACUGUGUUGACAUCAGUCACGUAUCACGUUUUGUUCAAGCCGGAAAUUCGUUCCAGAUUUCUAAAAGAACUCACUGAGGCCCGCAAUGCCAAAGCAGACAAUUUGGAGUACAAGGAUAUCCGACACCUACCAUACCUCACAGCUGUGAUAGAUGAGGCAUUUCGCACGUUCAACGCUGUGACUGGACGACUGACCCGUUUCUCGGAGACUUAUACAUCGAUUAGCAUACCUGAUACCCACAUAGAUCCGUCAAUCUUCACCGAUCCCGAAACAUUUCUCCCUGAUCGCUGGCUGAAAGAGUCCGACAACAAGCGUCUUUCGAAAUAUUUACAACCUUGGGGCCGAGGAUCACGGCUUUGUCUAGGCAUGGAAUUGGCAUAUUAUGACCUAUACUUGUCUAUCACGCGUCUAUUCGGUCCCGAUUGCGAUUUUGAAAUGGAGCUUUUUGACACUGGGCUCAAGGAUUGGGAGGCGUAUGGUGACUUUUUUGCACCAGCCAAUGCGCCAGGAGGUAAAGGAUUGCGAGUAUUGACUGUGCCCAAGUUGAAGUCAACCAAGCCGUGA